GUCCUUGUUAAACCCUUCACCUCUUUCUCUCUCUCUAAAGCAAAUCUUCUUCUGUUCAAAACCUUAGCUAGUAUGUUAAGUGUGAUGCCUAAACAGAACACUAACCUCUCUUUGUAACUCAAUUUCUUCUCCAAUGUCGUCUCUUUCCUUUGCUCACUUUCUUCCACUUCCCAGGUGUAACUUGACUUGGUCUUAUUGCUAUGCUUCUAUGAACGUAGUUCAACUUGGGGGUCUCAAAAUUCAGUGUAAAUCUGGUCAUGUUGCAAUGGCUAGGAAGAAAGCUUCACUAGGAUCUGUUGAAGAAGAAUCUAGUGAAAAUGAACCUGUGGUGGAAAAGAAAGCAACUAAAGCAUCUAAACCUAAGAAGGUGUCGGCAAAGACUAAGAAAAAAUCAAUAGAUGAGUCUCCUGAAGGGGCAAUUGAUUUGUUGGUAAAUGUAGAUAGUGCGUCUAUUGUAGAAGGCUCAUCUCCCUCUGGGGAUGGUUCUGAGAAGAAAACACGAAAGACUCGGAAAAAAGAUGCAUCUAGUUCUGCUGUUUUGGAAGAAGAGAAAGAAGUUAAGGAAGUGAAAAAAGUUACAAGGCGAAGGAAACCUAAAGAGGAGAAUAUAAUUUUAGAGGAUAAAGGUGGUGGUGAAGCCGAAAUCAGUGACAUAGACGAGCCUUCCUUUAUUGAAAAUGUGGAGGAUGAGAUUGACGAUGGUUUGGAUCUGGAAAAAUAUGAUGGAGAGGACAUAAGUGAUACCUACGGUUGGCCUCCUCUUGUUUGUUGCUUUGGAGCUGCACAACAUGCUUUUGUGCCUUCAGGUAGGCCUGCCAAUAGGCUUAUAGAUCAUGAACUCCACGAAAGAAUGAAGGAUGCCCUCUGGAGCCCUGAGAAAUUUGUUAGGGCUCCCGGAGGUUGUGCCGGUAGUGUUGCCAUUGCUCUUGCUAGUUUGGGUGGCAAGGUUGCUUUUAUGGGAAAACUUGCAGAUGAUGAAUAUGGUCAAGCGAUGCUGUAUUAUAUGAACGCAAAUAAUGUUCAAACCCGAUCGGUCAGCAUUGAUAGUAAAAGGGCAACAGGUGUGUCACUGAUGAAGAUUGGUAAAAGGAAACUUAAGCUAAGUUGUGUAAAACCCUGUGCUGAAGAUUGUUUGACAAAGUCAGAGAUAAAUAUUGACGUGUUGAAAGAGGCAAAAAUGUUCUAUUUCAACACACAUUCCCUCCUUGAUCGUCACAUGAGAUCCACGACAUUGCGAGCUAUCAAGAUUGCAAAGCAUUUUGGAGCAGUUGUUUUCUACGAUGUAAACCUUCCUAUGCCACUAUGGCACUCUCAGGAAGAAACUAAGACGUUCAUUCAGCAAGUGUGGAAUCUUGCAGACAUCAUUGAAGUCACUAAGCAAGAACUAGAGUUCCUAUGCGGGAUAACACCAUCUGAAGAAUUUGACACCAAAAACAAUGCCAGGUCAAAGUUUGUCCAUUACGAACCCGAAGUAGUUGCACCACUAUGGCACGAAAAUCUUAAGGUUUUGUUUGUGACUAAUGGAACUUCCAAGAUACAUUACUACACCACAGAGCUCGAUGGUGCUGUUAGCGGUAUGGAGGAUGCCCCAAUUACCCCUUUCACUCGUGACAUGUCAGCAUCUGGAGACGGCAUUGUUGCAGCUCUCAUGCGAAUGUUGACGGUUCAACCUGAUUUGAUAACUGAUAAAGGAUACCUACAGCAUAGCAUCCAGUAUGCAAUUGAUUGUGGUGUAAUAGAUCAAUGGAUACUUGGUCGAGUACGUGGCUUUCCUCCGCAGGAAGAUACAGAGGACAUUACUCCUGACCCUUAUGGCAUAAAAUCGAUUACAGAAACAGAGUAUCGGACAUUAUUAGAGCCAGUUAGUUGAACCAGGUGGUACACCGAGUAACACAUCAGUUUUGUAACUUACAUUUCUCACAUUGUAUAGAAGAAAACUGUGUUUCAGUUAUUGAUUUGCUUUUUUAUGUGUUUUCAAUUGAUAGAGGUUAUAUUGCCUUAGACUUAGUACUUAGGUUUUUGUAUCUCACUUUUGGUUGUAGGAAUUUGUUAUACGCAUUUUAUCCCUUGAAAUUUCAAUUGUUAUGAUUUACGGA